CCUCCACAGCACCCAGCACCCAGCACCCAGCAUGUGUCACACCAGCUGCUCCUCAGGCUGUCAGCCCUCCUGCUGUGUGUCCAGCCCCUGCCAGGCGUCCUGCUGUGUCCCCGUGAGCUGCAGGCCCCUCCUGUGUGUGGUGCCCUCCUGCCAGUCCUCUGGGUGCUGCCAGUCCUCUGGGUGCUGCCAGUCCUGUGGGUGCUGCCAGCCCUGCUGCCAGUCCUCUGGGUGCUGCCAACCCUCCCUGCUCUGCAGCCCCAUGCCCUGUGCCCCCUCCUCCUGCUGUGUGUCCAGCCCCUGCCAGGCGUCCUGCUGCGUCCCCGUGAGCUGCAGGCCGGUGCUGUGUGUGGUGCCCUCCUGCCAGUCCUCCGGGUGCUGCCAGUCCUCCGGGUGCUGCCAGCCCUCCCUGCUCUGCAGCCCUGCACCCUGUGCCUCCUCCUCCUGCUGUGUGUCCAGCCCCUGCCAGUCCUCCUGCCAGUCCUCCGGGUGCUGCCAGCCGUCCCGCUCUGCCCUGCUCUGCAAGCCCAUGUCCUGUGGGACCCCGUCCUGCUGCUGAGCCCGGCUCUGCCAGCUGUGCCGCCUGCUGUCCCCCUGCACAGGUCCUGGCUGUGCCCCUGGGCUCUGCCCCAGAGGAUGAGAAGUGGUCUCAGGCAUCCUCUGAGUGGGGCAGGGACCAGGGCUCGCCCAAUGCCCCCCGUCCUGACUGAGCCCCCCCUCCUGUGAGCAAAUAAACCUGCUUCCUGCA